AUGGCUUGUAUAUAUGCCGGGGCAGCGCGGGUGUUGGUUCUGGACAGUGGUUUACAGCACAUUCGAAUGCGAAGUUCUCAUAUCAUCGAGAACAUGUCGCAUAUCAACCACUGUGCCUGGAAACGCAGAUGUUGGACUCUCCAAGAAGGAGCACUUGGACAAUGCACGCUUUUUCUGUUCGCAGAUGGUAUAGUUCAUGUACAACCAGCCCCAGGUCACCCAUUUUCCACUUAUUUUAGUACGUCAAAAUUCUCAUCACUUCGUGAGAGAAUUUACCGGCCUAUCUCUCAAAGGUUAUUGAACCAUCGUAUCCGUCGAGAUCUCAGGAAAAUGCGGGGUGUUUCAGCAGCUCCCUAUGUCCACUUAGACAAUUCCUUGCGAGAACUGUUACAAGAACGUUGGAAAUAUGGGUUCCAUCGGAAAGCAAGGCUUGUUGAGGAGCUGGCAAGAACUUUCUUACUUCGUAAGUGUGUGGAAUUCUUUACGGAACAGAACAACGACUCAGAUUGAGGACGUCGUUGCCAUUUUGGCUAAUCUUGUUGACUUUGACUUUUCCCAUAUCUCCACCCUGCCACCAAAAAACGGCUUGGAAGUAUUAUUUUAAGCUUACAGGAAUUAUCAUUAUCACUCUUAUACAACAGUGGCCCAGGAAUAGAUCCAACGAAGGUCCACCCUAAUCGGUGGAUCCCUACUGUGCCAGGUCCCAACUUACUCGAUGACGAACACACCAUGACUCUUGAGUCGGGCACGCUUACUAUCUCCAGGGCUGGCGAUUUACCAUCCAAAAAACCUCUGCAGCCCCUUGCUCCAGUAACCAUACCGUCACUUAGUGAACUUCUCUUUGGUACCAGGAGAACAAAAUCAAUAGAUCAGAACCGUCAUUCCGGGCCGAAGACCACACGUCAGUUGAUAUCUAUAAAACCUAGCACAACUUCCGGAAGGCCACUUUUUCUCCGGGUAGAACCAGAUCUUCAUAAUGGGAACUUACCAAAAUUUAUACGGAUUGAUUUCCUACGGCAGAGGGAUGAUGAAAUGAAUAGCCUGGAUUCCGGAGAAACAGUUAUUCUCAUCGAAGAUAUACCUGAACCAGGCAUCAUGGAAUUUUCCAGCGGCUCCUGGGCGGGCGCUUCUGUCCAUUCAUACAGAGCAGCAGUAUCGUGUGACACCAAGGUUCUUUAUGAGGUUAUCUACGAUUGUCCUGUACGCGUCACAAUCUUCACGGAGCUCUCAAACCUCCAGAGCUUAUACGACAAAACACAACUUGACUGGGAUUGGAUUGAUACUGGAGCUAGACAAAGUUCGUUUGACUUUGCUCCCAGUCCAUCAACUCUACAGAAUUACUGCGGUGCAAAACCUACACGACAAUCCUCAAAAUUAUGA